CGGCCAUGCUCUUAGCAGCACACCACAACUACACAGGCAAACUCUUCGCCAACUGCACGCCUUGGAUGACCUUGUUAUCAUAGCACCUGGCGGCCUCUUCUUCUAUUACACAACCGCUCACUUAAAUACAAAUCGCCUCGUUCGAAAUUCAACCUCGUUGAAACAACUAAUCAUUCAUCGGUGAAAUGGCAUCAGCUGCCACUUCGAGGAAACCGAGUUUUCAAGGCAAAUUGAGAAGAGAAGAAGAGCAUGAGGUUGGACAGUAUGUUCUAGGGGCAGAGAUCGGGAAAGGGAGUUUCGCAACCGUUUACAAGGGAUACCAUGAAGAAAAUCGAAAAGCAGUAGCUAUAAAAACCGUCAAACGCGACAAAUUAUCUGCUAAACUGUUCGAAAACCUUCAAAGUGAAAUACAAAUAUUGAAGCUGCUAUCGCACCGACAUAUAACAAGGCUUAUAGAUAUCGUUCGAGCUGACAACUACAUCUAUCUGGUGAUGGAAUACUGUUCAGGCGGCGAUCUCACCAAUUACAUUAAGAAACGCGGUCGGGUGGAAACUCUUGAAUAUAUUCCCAGUCUAGGAGCACCACCCCAAUACUAUCCGCAUCCUCGAACCGGGGGCCUCGACGAAGUCGUCGUACGAAGUUUUCUACGACAGCUUGGACGCGCUCUCAAGUUUCUUCGCAGUCGAGAUUUGAUACAUCGAGAUAUCAAACCUCAGAACCUUCUACUGAGCCCGGCUGGACCAGAGGAACAUGCUCGUGGUCAUCCACUCGGUGUUCCUAUUCUGAAAGUAGCAGAUUUUGGUUUCGCGAGGUCACUUCCAAAUGCAAUGAUGGCCGAGACGCUGUGUGGUUCCCCACUGUACAUGGCUCCCGAGAUUCUUGGUUACAAGAAAUACGACGCAAAAGCCGACCUUUGGUCAGUAGGUGCCGUCCUAUACGAGAUGGCGGUCGGUAGGCCUCCUUUCCGUGCUCAAAAUCAUAUUGAGCUAUUGAAGAAGAUCGAACAUUCGAAAGGGAUCAAGUUUCCGGAUGAGGAUCCCAACUCGACGGCAGCCAAGAGUGGUGGAGGGGGCAGCGAAGCAUUGCCUGUACCCAAUGAUAUCAAGAAAUUAAUACGGAUGUUGCUCAAGCAGAAACCUAUUGAACGCGCAAGCUUCGAGGAUUUUUUUGGAAGUACCGCUCUCGCCAAAUCCAAAUUUACAAGACCCAAGGAGCGGUCUCAACAGAACUCUAUCCGAAGUACAGAGUCAGAGCCGGUGCAAUGGGAGGAAGGGAGACCUUCCACACCAGAAAGCCAUAAGGUUAUUCCACCGGAGGUUAUGGAUGAAAACGCUAUGAUACCUCCAAGCAAGUUCAAUUUCAGGAGGUCGUCUACUCAAGGGACGACGGAAGGUACACCACCACGCACGGAGAAGCAACUUCCAGAACCGGGGCCUAGCACACCCCUCGCAAUCGCAAGGCACAUUUCCACCACCACAAACACACCUCAACGAAAGCCUUCGAGGUCUGGGUCUGCAGAAGGCUCUGUGAUACCUGGGGAAUCAGAGGAAGAUGGGCUGCUCAGGCGUGAAUAUGUUCUCGUUGGCGACACGCGUGCUGUGGAAUUCAAUCGUGCUGUCGACGAACUCAAUACACUUCCUAGGCGGCCUCUCCAAGAUCGUCGAGUCCCACCCUCGCCUUCUAUGGACGAUUUCCCAUACGAUAGUCCCUUGCCCCCCAACAUACCCAUUACGAGUGAUCAACCAAGCACCGCACCCAUAACUUUCCCACCUCCUCCGAAUGCAAUAUCGACUCCAGCACCUCCCUUGUCGUCUUCUCCGUCCAGUAUAGCAUCUAGAGCAGCUUCAAAUGCUCUACAUCGUGCCAUUAACUUAGCCUCUAAGAAGCUCUUUGGUACGACGAAUGCGAGGUCCGCACGACGGCAAACUUCUUCAUCUUCACUUAGAGAAGCUUAUACACCCGCCGCAAACGGUGGUGGGAGCAGCGUUCCGGGAUCACCGAGGAGGCCUCAGAUAAUAUCACUUGAUGUCGCAGAGGGAUCGAAUGAUCCUCUAGAAGACAAGAUGCUUCGAGAGCUGGAGGAGCUGGCGCAGAAGACUGAUGUGCUCACGCAUUGGGCGGAUGAGAUGUACGAGUAUGUGAGAGCUGUACCGCAGAAACCUCUUCCUGACCCCAACAAAUUCACCAAACGCGAAGGAGAAGGAGACAAGGUUGCGCGAAAGCGCAAGAACGCUGAUAUGGAAGCGGAGUAUAACGCUGUAACGUGUGUUGCGGUGUAUAUGCUUCUUAUGACGUUCUCGCAGAAGGGCGUGAAUAUAUUGAAGAACUAUCAGGAGCAUUUGGAUAUGAGGCAUCCGGAUGGAGAUUUUGUGGUUAGUGAAGGGUUCGAUGACGCGUUGAGAUGGUUCAAAGAACAUUUUUUGAAGUGUAAUGAACGUGCUGCGUUGGUGAAGACGUGGUUACCGGCUCAGUAUGAUGGACCUAAGAGCUGGUUGGAUCAGUUGGUGUAUGAUCGUGCACUUCUACUCAGCCGAACAGCAGCGCGGAAGGAACUUCUCGAUCAAGCAUCAGCACCAGAUGAAUGCGAGAAGCUAUACGAAGAGUCGUUGUGGUGUUUGUACGCUCUUCAAGAUGACCUAUUACAAACGGGGAAUCCGUUCAUGGACGAAGACCGUGCGACUAUUGCUACGUGGAUUAAACGUACGAAGUUAAGACUUCUUCGGUGUAGGGCACGGAUGUCUAUGAACGAUCGGGACAGGCUCAAUGAUGCUAGGGCGGACACGAAUCUCGUUGAUGUGGCGAGAGUACCUGCGCCAUGGGAUGAGGCGGUUCCUCGGUCGGCUUCGUAA